GCGAGCGCGCGCGGGGAAGGGCGGUGGUUGACGUCAUGGGCGGGCUGCAAGGCGGCGGCGGCGGGAUGGCAUCGCGGACCCGCCGAGCAUCCUCCGCAGCCGCAGCCGAAGGCAGGCAGAGCCCGGCGGCCGAAGCCCGGCUGCGCUCCCGGCAUCCCUGCCGCAGCCCUCCCGGCCCGGAGCCCCCGCUGGCGCGAAGCCCCCGCUGCCCAUGGUGCUGAGCCUGCUGCUGUCGGCCUACCAGCUGUGCCGCCUGGCCAUGCCCGAGCCGGGGGCCGCGGCGGGCUGGUGGGCGGAGGGGCUGGACGGCGACGACCUCCCGCCCGGGCAGGGCGCGGCCAUCCAGGCGGCCCUGGAGCGGAGCCUGCCCGAGCUGCACCAGGCCGUCUCGGCGGCCAAGCAGGCGGCGGGAGCGGGGGACCUGCAGGCGCGGCUGGGCGCCGUGCUGGCGCUGGUGGAGGAGGCCUGGGGGCUGCCGGCCGUGGGGCGCCAGGUGGCCAAGGGGCUCUGCGACGCGCUGCGCCUGGAGGGCGGCCUCGACCUCCUGCUCGACCUGCUGCGCGGCGCAGAGCCCGAGAGCCGGAAUCGCGCGGCGCAACUGCUGGAGCAGGUCCUGGUGGCCGAGAACAGGAACCGGGUGGCUCGGAUCGGCCUGGGGGUGGUGCUGAACCUGGCCAAGGAGCGGGAGAGCCUCCCCCUGGCCAGGAGCACCUCGGGCAUCCUGGAGCACAUGUUCAAGCACUCGGAGGAGACCUGCUUCCAGCUGAUUGCCAACGGAGGCCUGGACGCCAUCCUCUUCUGGUGCCGCUGGAAUGACCCCGUGGUGCUUCGGCACUGCGCCGCCGCCUUGGCCAACUGUGCCAUGUACGGCGGGCAGGCCAACCAGCGGCGGAUGGUGGAGAAGAAGGCCUCGGAGUGGCUCUUCCCGCUGGCCUUCUCCAAGGAGGACGACCUGGUCCAGUUCCAGGCCUGCCUGGCCAUUGCCGUGCUGGCCACCAACAAGGAGAUCGAGAAGGAGGUGGAGAACUCGGGCACGCUGGCUCUGGUGGAGCCCUUCAUCGCCACCCUCGACCCGGGACGCUUCACCCACAGCUGGCUGGGCAGCAGCGAGAACAGCCAGGGCCGGACGGCAGACGACUUGCAGUACCUGGUGCCCCUGCUGGACAGCUCCCGCCUGGAGGCCCAGUGCAUCGCCGCCUUCUACCUCUGCGUGGAGGCCGCCAUUAAAGGCCAGCAGAAGAAGACCGAGAUCUUUGCAGAGAUCGGGGCCAUCCAGAGCCUGAAAAGGAUCGUCUGCUACUCGGCCAACGGCACCACCUCCAUGCUGGCCAAGCGGGCGCUGUGCACCAUGGGUGAGGAAGUGCCCCGGCGUCUCCUGCCCACGGUGCCCAACUGGAAGACCCCCGAGGUGCAGAAGUGGCUCCAGCAGAUCGGCUUUCUCAAGUACUGCCCACGCUUCCUGGAGCACCAGGUGGACGGAGACCUGCUCCUCAGGCUGUCCGAGGAAGACCUGCUGACCGACCUGGCCAUGACCUCCGGCAUCACCCGCAAGCGGUUCUUUCGGGAGCUGACGGAGCUGAAGACCUAUGCCAAUUACUCCACCUGCGACCGCAGCAAUCUGGCUGACUGGCUGGCCGGCGUUGACCCCAAAUUCCGCCAGUACACCUACAACCUGGUCACCUGCGGCAUCGACCGGAACUUCCUCCACCGCGUCACGGAGCAGCAGCUGCAGGACGACUGCCGCAUCGGCCUCAGCUUCCACCGCGUCCGAAUCCUCUCUGCCGCCCGGGAGAUGCUUCACUCCCCUCUGCCCUGUAACAGCCGGUCUGCCUUGGAGGGAACGGAUGUCUUCAUCAGCUACCGGCGACGUACCGGAUCUCAGCUGGCCAGCCUCCUGAAGGUCCACCUCCAGCUGCACGGAUUCAGCGUCUUCCUAGACGUGGAGAAACUGGAGGCUGGGAAGUUUGAGGACAAGCUGACCCAGAGUGUGAUGAGUGCCCGGAAUUUCGUGCUGGUCCUCUCCGCCCAGGCCCUCGACCGCUGCAUGGGGGACCACGCCUGCAAAGACUGGGUGCACAAGGAAAUAGCCACCGCCCUGACCUGCAGGAAAAACGUCAUCCCAGUCACCGACCACUUCGACUGGCCGGACCCGGAGGCCCUUCCAGAGGACAUGAGGGCCAUCCUGAAAUUCAACGGCAUCAAGUGGUCCCACGAGUACCAGGAGGCCACCAUUGAGAAGCUGAUCCGGUUCCUGCAGAGACCCUCCUCCCAGGACUCCUCGGGGGGCUCCAACAACAGCCUGGACUGCGGGGGGGCCCUGGAGCAGAGCUAGGAUGGACGGACGGACGGACGGACAAGUGGGGGGGCUGCCUGGCCUGCCUUCCUCUGCCCCCCCCCCAACUGGGCUUCCAAGCGAUCCUUUGGGGGCCAGAAGGCGAUUCUGCUUCCUCCGGGGGGCCCUGGGGACUCUGGGGACCCUCCACGCUGGACCUCCCCAGGGGGCUCUGGGGCAGGAGGACUGGUGGAUCUGGGGGCCUUGUGAAGCUUUUGGGCCCCUCCCUCUAUGGGGAUGCUCCCUCCUCCAGGUCACGCUUGUCCCAAAGGUGCUUCCCCCCCCCC